AUGGAGCAAGAACAGCUUCACCCAGAUCUUACAAAUGUACUGAGAUCCAUUUACAGUCUAGAAGCUAAGAUUUCAGAAAUUCUCUCUGAGAUGCAGCGAAACUACUUGGAAAACCAGCAAAAAAGUAUCAUGAUCCAAAGUGACUUGUCCGCUUCGCUUCCUGGCUGCAGAGUUCUAUUUUUCGGCUCCCAAGUCACCGGGUUUGCCACCAGCAAAAGUGACUUUGAUCUCUACAUUGAUUACGAUGGAAAAUCGUUCUACCAUGACUUGAGCUAUGACAAACAAUGUGACAUUAUGCAUCAAUUCCAGCUGAAACAGCGUGGGUCCAAGUUUGAAGUGACUGCAGCUAUCAAGCACACCAGAGUGCCUAUCAUUAGGGUGCUUCACUUGAUGACCCAUACUAAGUGUGACAUAUCUUUCCGCAACGGACUGGCAGUGGAGAAUUUUCAGUUGAUCAAGCUGUAGGAUAUAGACCCUCGUGUCCGCUGGCUGGUAGUCACAAUCAAGCUGUGA